AUGCCGGACAUUACUACAAGUGACGAACUACAACAACAGCAAAUCAAAUAUGGUGAAUUAGUUGUUCUCGGAUAUAAUGGGCAAAUUCCUAAUGGUGAUCGUGGUAGACGAAAAAGCAAAUUUCAAUUGAGACAACGUACACAAGCUAAUGGUCUCAAAGCACAACGACAACAUUUAUGCAAAAAUGCAGAUGAAGUACAGAAAUUAACUCAAGCUGAUUUUCAUUCAAUUUCAUAUACAUUAUCAAGAAAUCAAACAGUUGUUGUACAAUAUGCACAUGAUGAGGAUUCAGAUAUGUUUCAAAUUGGUCGAUCAUCAGAAAAUCAAAUUGAUUGUAUUGUUAUGGAUACUGUUCCUGGAGCAAAAACAUUUGAUGAUUUAACUGUACCACAAUCAACUAUUUCACGUUAUGCAUGUCGUAUUGUUGUUUCACGUCAUCCACCAUAUACAACUCGAAUAUUUGCUGCUGGUUUUGAUGCAUCAAAAAAUAUUUUUCUUGGAGAAAAAUCAAUAAAAUGGAAAAAUGAUCGUAAUGAAAUGGAUGGUGUAACAACAAAUGGUAUUUUAGUUAUGCAUCUUGAUGGUGAUCAAUUUAAUACAAAUUCAAAAGCAACUAAAUGGAAAGAAGUAUCAGUUGGUGGAAGUGUUUUUGAUUUAGGUGAAGGACGAUUAAAAUUUAAUUAUCAAUCAACACCUCCUUCAAAUACAGAUAAUAUUCUUAAAGAUGGUAGUCUUAUUGAUUUAUGUGGAGCAACACUUCUAUGGAGAUCAAUUGAAGGUCUUAAAUAUACACCUACUCGUCGUUUACUUGAACUUGAAUUAGAUCAAUUAAAUUCUAAAAAACCACAAUGUCCUGUUGGAUUAAAUACAUUAAUAAUAAAAACACAUCCAUUUUCAUCGGCAUCGUCAUCAUCAUCAUCAUCAUAUUCUCCAAAUGCAUUUGUUUAUGUUUUAUGUGGACAUGUUCAUGGAAAUCAUAAAUGGGGUGUUAAAAAUGAUAAUAAUGAAUUACGUGAAUGUCCUCUUUGUCGAACAAUUGGUCCACUUAUUCCAAUUAUACCUGGUAUUGAACCAGCAUUUUAUGUUAUACCAAAUACAGAUAAUGAAUCAACAACAUCAUAUGCUUUUCAUCCAUGUGGACAUAUGACAUCACAAUCAACAGCAUUAUAUUGGUCAAAAAUAAAAGUACCAUAUGGUACUAAAGGUUUAAAAUCAAUAUGUCCAUUUUGUUCAAUAUCUUUAUCAGAAACAAAACCAUUUGUUCGUUUAAUUUUUCAAGAUUCCAUUCAUAGACAGUGA